AUGGCUAAGCUCACCUUCCAAACUUUCUUCACUUUUGUGACUCGAAAUAAAAUGGACCCACUCAUACAAGAAAAACACGGCGUUUGUGGUUUAGUGGUAAAAUCGAUGCUUGCCAAUUCCACGGGCUGUAACCCUUGGAUUUCAUCUGCAUUGGCCCCGGGUUAGUUCCUCUUAUCUUAUGAUGAUGUGUCUUCCUUACUAAUUUGAACAGGUUCGAUUCCCGGCGAACGCAAGAGUUUCAUCCUCUUCUUUCUUUCGUUUUUGCUGCGCUGGCUUUGGUAAGCUAGGUAUGCUCUAGUACUGUUUUAUAGGAGUGGGGUGGAAUUUAACUAUCGUGUAUUUUGGAUUAUAUUAAACGUUCGUAUGUACUGUACACUUAGUUCCCGGCGAACGUAAGAUACGUACGUACCUUCUCUUUUUGCCCGUUUUCGCCUUGCCUUUUGAAGUAUAAUAGUUGUAGUUCUAAAGCAU